CAUAGACAAUUGAACAAUUCUGUUAUUUAUUAUUGUUUAUAAUAUAAAAUUAUUGUUUUGUUACUAGUUAAAAUAAUUACUGAUUAAUUGAAUAAUUUAUUUAAAUAAUUUAAGCUAUUUAUUAUUAGUAGUCUGCGUUUUUCACGAACAAUUUAAAAUCAAAAAAUAACUUGUUAACAUAUGGUGAAUGUACAAAAUAUUUUAGUAUAACUUGCUUCCUUAUGGAAAACCAAGAAAGGUAAUAUAUAUUUUAUAUUAUAAAAUUAGAUUUCAACAAAAACAAUAUCGUUUUUAAAUUAUUUCUUAUUAUAUAGAUACCUAUUUUCUUGAUUAAUGUAGCAGACCUGAUUAGUCUUAACAAUACAUAGAUAUUGUUAUGUAUUUUCAAAUUAUUUCAACAAAAUUUUUAUAACAAGGUAGUUUUAAUUUACUUUACUAAGUAUUUAAAUAAUAUAUUUUAAAAUAUGAAGUAAUUUGAAGAUACUUUGUGUAACUUACUCAAGAUUCGUCAGCUGGUUGGGCUCAGCUAGAGCUCUUACACAUUAGCGAUCAUCCAGCCCAUUUCUCAGGCUCAGCUUAUUUUUAAUAAUUUAUGUCUCCUCAUAGGAAGAUAAAGAAGUGCUAUAUUUAAACAUAAUUUUAUUAUAAAAUACAGAUAUAAGAAUAAAUUAGUACCACCCUAUAAAAUAUUUAAAAAAAUAUGUGUUUUUUUGAAAGUCCAUCUUGAUGCUUGUUUCCUGUUUUCUACUUUAGUAAAAGAUAUGUGCGUCUUGAUAUAUUUAAGUAUUAAUUAUGAGUAAUGGGCUUUAUCAAAAUAUUCAACAGUUGAUCACAUUCAAACAUUUGAAUAGUUUACCUAUCAUAUAGUUUCUAUAGAACGAAUAUUUUUUAUUUGAAUAUUCUCAAAUAGUUUAUAUAAUAUUCAAACAAAUAUUAUUGUGUAUAAUGUGUAUGGUGCACUACAAGUAGUAUUUUGUAGAAAUACUUGCAAAUCCUGUUUAAUUGAAAGUAGGUAGUGGAAGAUUUAUUGUGUUCUACUUAAUACCUACUUAGUAAUGUUUAUUCAAAUUGUUUUUUGGAAAUACAAUUAUUUUAAUACUUUGGAGAAAAAACACCGAAAUAAAUACUAUUGAAAAAGUUUUUUCCAUAGUUAUUAUGGUCUUGGACUGCUGUUUGGAUUGGAACCAAGAAACUCUGUAAAAAUAGUAUAUUUAAUUUAAAACUAUAAUAAUUUGUGGCAUAAUUUUAUUGAAUAAAAAUUUUUGGAGACGUAUUCAUUUUAUUAUAAGAUAUAUUUUGAAAAUUCAAGUCCAGAAAUGGAUUUUAGAUUUUAAAAUCCAAUGAUUUGACAUCCUGCCAAAUUUUUUAUUUUGUAGUGAUAAUUCAGAAUUUCAAAAAGGUUUUUUUUUAAUUUCCCAAUUUUAUAUCCAAUUUUAACAAUUGUAUUAAAAUUUAAAUUAUAAUUAAUAAUCUCUUUAGGUAGGUACUUAUUAUUAUUAUUUAGUUAUACUGCAUUUAUAAAGUACCAGGUAUUUAACUAGUAUCAGUUAAGCAAAAAGAUCUUAAAUGAUUUUACUUUUUAGAAAGGUUUUAAAUAUUAUUUUAUUUUUACUAAAAAUAGUAUUGUUUUUUUUAAUAGAUUAUUUUUUUAACUAUACAAUUUCUAAACUAAUUUUUUAACUUUUUUUAUUUAGAUUUUCAUUACUGCUUUUAGAAUCAGGAGAGUAUUAUUUUGAAGAUUAUAUUGCAUUAUUAGCAACUACUAAAAAUAACACAUGGCUUAGUGGACAACUUAAAGUGUGUUCAUUGUCAUUAAUUUUUGAUCCUAAAGAUUAUCAUAAACCAAUGCUUAAGAUAUUAUUUACACAAUGUGGAUCCAUUACUCAAAGGUUUAGUUUGUAUAUUUAGUAAAAGAAAUUAUAUUAGUGUUUUUUAAAAUUAAUGUAUUAAUUAGAAUACCUUAUUCUAAAACUCAUAGUUACCUAUAGAAAAAAAAUGUAUCAUAUUAAUCCAAAAUAUUUAAAUACGUUCCAGCAUUCAAAAAAACUCCAAAUAUUAGUACAAUAGUUUUAUAAAAAUUAUAAUUAAUAUGAAUUUUAAAUAGAUAUAAAAGUAAAGCUUAGAUAUUGAUUUAUAUUAAAUAUCACCCACAUUGUUAGAAAUUAAUAUUAAGUUAUUAAUUAUUAUUAAUUGUAUUUAUUUUAAAAAUAUAGUUCAAAUAAAGAUGAUAACACGUUAAGUAUAAUUUGCAAACAAUACAUUGAAAUGUUAGAGCAAAAUGUUUUAGAACCUUACAAAUUUAUUAACGUAAGUAAAUACUACAAAAUUUCAAAAUAUUUUUUUUGUUUAAAUUAAUUUAUAUGCAUUCACUCUGGUUAUAAAAUAAUAAUAUCUAUAGUAAUGUGGUUAAAUAUCAUAUUUUAAAGUAAUAGUCCAAUAAUUAAUUGUAAUCUUAAUAUUGACUACCAGAUAAUUUUAAGUAGCUUAUUAAAAAAAUUAAUCUUUAUUUUAAAAACUGGUGCUAUCAUAAUACUUUAAUGAUAUCUGAUUGUUUAAAAAAGAGCCACUUAUAUAUUAAAUUAUAGGGAAAAAAAUGAAAUAUAUAGUAACUAAUAAAAUAAUAAAGUAAAAACAAAAUUAUUAAAUGGUUAAUAUUACUAAAUAAAUAAUUUAUAGGUAGAAAUAAAUAAAUAUAUAAAUGAAUGGACAUCAUAGUCUGGAGUAUUAUGAAAUAUAUAUAUUGUACUACUGGUUUAAAAUUAAAAAUUCAUCAUCAGGUAAAUCAUAAAAUUAAAAAGUAAAAAAGAGAUUCCAUUUAUUUAUUUAUUUCUGCAUAUAAAUUUUUGAUAUAUAUAAUAAUAAUAUUAGAAAGUAGAAAUUAGUAGAGUAGAAUAUUCAAUUAAGUUGAUUAAUAUAUUAUUUAUUUUAGGAAAUAUCAUUAUUUAGAAUUAAUUUAAAAUAUGCUAAAGUAGAUCAUUGUAUACCAUUUAUACUACAACUACACCGAGCAUCUUCUUUAAAAACAGCAGAACACAGACAUAUGGUAAUAAUACUAUUUUUAAUAUAAUAUUUUACCAUCGAUGAUAUAAUAUUCUACAUAUUUAUAAAUAUUUUUAGGCUGCAUCAAUUGCAUAUGGAAGACAGAAACUUAUAACAUUUGACCAUACAUGGUUAGAAGUUGGUGAAAAUGUAUUAUUAGAAGUUAUUUGUCAAAAAAUAACACCUCUUAGUUUAAAUCCUGGAAGAAUAAUAAUGACUAAUUUACAUGUAUAUUUCCAGCCUUUUAAUAACAUUGAAAAAGUAUAUAUUUAUUUUUCACCAAUAUCUUUUUAACUAUAAUUUUUGUUUUUUAAAUAUUAUUAAAAAAUUAAUUAAUUUAUCAAGCAAUAAAAUAAUAAAUCAUAAAUAAUUUUGUUUGUUUUAUUUUAGACUUUAUAUAUUAAAAUAAAGUUAUCAGAGAUAAAACAAAUUAUUAAAAGAAGAUUCCUUUUACAACAAGUUGUAAGUUAUAACAAUUUUAAAUUAUAAAUAAUAACUUAUAUGCUUGUAAUUUAUUUGAUUUUUUCUUCUUAUAAUAGCACACACAUAAAAUAACAUUAUUUUAUUACUAUGCUAUCUAAAAUAUUUAAGAUAUUCUUUUUAAAAAUCUAACGAAAAGAUUCCAAAAACUACCUUUAUUUAUAUCUUAUUCAAAAAUAAAUUUACAAUAUAUAUUUAAAUUUAAAUUUUUUUAUUUCAGGGAUUAGAAUUUGAAUAUGAAAUUAAUUCACAAUUAUAUCUAACAUUUAAAAAUACUGAAAUACGAGACAGUCUUUAUAAUAAUCUUAUUAAUCAAUCAAAUAUAAAAAUUGAUAAACGUGAAAAAUCCAUUAUGACAUUAAAAUGGCAAAAUGGUACUAUAUCUAAUUAUGAUUAUUUACUAUAUUUAAACAGGUAAAUUCAAUUAAAAAAAAAAGAUUUUAUAUUUAUUGAAAUUAUUUUAAACUAUUAAAUAUGCAUUUUAUUAUUAUAAGAACCUUUAAUAUUUAUAUUUUUAUACGAAUUCAUUGGAUAUGGGCAUUUUUAAUUUGUAUAAUACCUGUGUUGUGUAUAUUAGUUUUAAUGUUUAUUUUAAAUUGUGUAAAUAAUUAAUAUUGUUAUAUUAAUUAUAUAAUUUGUAUGGCUUAAUUGGCUUUAUGUACAACUGCAAAAUAUAAUGGUAAAUUAAUAUAUAAUUUAUAUUGAGAUAAAUGUACCUUAUCAAUAUUAUGUGUAUGCUAUUUUAGUUUGGCUGGCAGAACAGUAAAUGAUUUGACACAGUAUCCUGUUUUUCCAUGGGUUAUAGCAGAUUAUUUAUCUAAUACAUUAGAUUUGGAAAAUCCUAAAACAUUCCGUGAUCUUACUAAACCAAUUGGUGCUUUAAAUCCAGAAAGACUAUUUAAACUUCAGGUUUUAAUUUUUUAAUAUUAUAUAUUCUAUUUUAGUGUAUUUUAGUGUAAAAUAAUUAAUGCCUAUAUUUUAGGAAAGAUAUAAUGAAAUGAAUUCACCAAAAUUCUUAUAUGGUUCACAUUAUUCAACUCCUGGCUUUGUAUUAUAUUAUUUAGUACGGAAAUACCCACAAUAUAUGUUGUGUUUAAAUAAUGGAAAAUUUGAUCACCCUGAUAGAAUGUUUAACAGGUAUAAACUAUUAUUUAGAAAUUGCGUAAAUUAAUUUUUGUAAAAUACUAUAUAAUGUUUUAAUACUUCAAAAAAACCAUUGGUUAUGGUCUAACUUUUUAAUGUGUUCUGUUUUAUAUUUUAAUCAAAAACUCUUACAAAGAAUGAUUUGUAGUUACAAUAGUAUUUAGAAUCAAUAAUAUAUGCAGUAUACACAUUAAGUCCAUUAAUAAAGUUAUGUAUAUAAUAGGAGGGUUAUAGCCAUAGUGGUGUAAGUCAAGUUUUCAUCAAAAUCGAUUUAAGUUCUUUACAAAAUUAUUAAAGGCUAAUUGUUUGAUAUGCUAUAACUAUAUGGCAGUACAAUUCUCGCAUCAAACCAAACCAGUUGUUUUGUUAACUUAAAAGUGACUUUAAACUUUAAAACUAAUGUGACUUACACCACUAUGGCUUAAAUCCCCAUUAUUAUAAAAAAAACUAUAACAUAUUAACUUAAUUAUAUUAGUUAUAAUACUAUAUUAUAUUCGUUUAUGAUGUUCAUUUGUAUGAAAAUGUAUUGUCUAAAUAAAGAAAUUUUGUUUGUAGUUUAGCAGAUACUUGGAGAAAUGUACUAAACAACAUGUCAGAUUUUAAAGAGUUAAUUCCAGAAUUUUAUGACACCAAUCAAUGCUGUAAUUUUCUAAUUAAUGAAUAUGGUAUUGAUUUUGGACACAGACAUGAUGGUCGGAAAAUAGAUAAUGUAGAACUCCCAAAAUGGGCUGAUAGUAAAAUCUUAUUUUUUUUUUUCUUCUCAUAAUUAUGUUUUCACUGUUCAGUUUUAACUAAUUUUUAUUUUAAUCAGGUCCUUCAGAUUUAAUCUCUAAGUUACGAGAAGCUUUAGAAAGUGAUUAUGUUUCAAAUAAUUUGCAUCAUUGGAUAGAUCUUAUCUUUGGAUAUAAACAAAAUGGUUCAGAAGCCAUAUCAGCAAAAAAUGGUAAAAGCAACACUAUACUUCUGUACUAAAAUAUUUUUUUGUUUUCAACUUUUUUAUUUGUUAAAAUGUAUUUUCAUUAUUUUAUUUAAAUCUUUUUCAUUGUUUAUUAUAUUUAAAUCAAUUCUAUUAUAUACCAUUUAAAUGAGGUAUUUUUAACACUGGAGAUGAAAUAUUUAUCAAUGUUGUUUCAAAUGUAUCGAUGAUAAUAUGAUUUUUCUGCAACAAAUUUUGGGAUAACUUAUCAUAGGAGUCCUUUUUGUUUUAAUUAUAUAGACUUUCAGAUUCCCUUAAUUUUUGCCCAUGAAUAAACUUUAUUUGCAUAUUUUUUUAAAUUUGUGUGAAAUGUAAUAAUCUACUUUUUUAUCCCAUUUUUCUAUCAUUUUUAGUACUACUGUUAAUCUGUUAUUAGAGUUUUAUACUGUCCUUGUGUGAGCAUUCUGUUUUUUUACAAAUUCUGUUGCUAACAUGGUGUAUUUUUAAUAAAAAAAAAUGAAUGAAAUUAGACAAGUUUAUAGUUAUAAUAUUCAGGCAAUUAUUGUUUUUUAUUUAUAACACAUUGGGGUUGAAACAUAAUAUUAUUAUAACUAUAAUAACUAUAAUGCAUCAUUAUUAUAUUCAACCACAUAGGUUAAUAAUAAACUUUUUUCAUUCUUCUCUAUUGUAUGCCAUGAUAAUCUGCAAUCUGCACUCCUUGUAAUGGUUUUAGCUCCUUUGUGACAUAAUCCUUUCAUCUUGUUCUUAGUCUGCCUAGAGGUUUUUUACCUAUAAUUUCUUCCACUAAUGCUUGUUUAAUAAUUUGGUCAUACAUGUCUUAGUCAUUCAAGUCUUUUAAUUUUCUUAUACGAGAGAAUAUUUAGUUUUCCAUAGAGCUUUUGUAGUUCAUCAUUAUGUCUUCUUUUAUAUUGGUAAAUUUCUCUGUUGUAUAAAGAAUCAUAGAUUUUUUUCUCUCAGAGAGACUUUGGUAGUUGACCAAGUUUUGAGUUAAUGUAUAGGGUUUUUUUUUAUUUAUAUGAUAGAUUUUUUUAAAUUUAAUAGACUAGUAGUAUUUGUUAGUACAUCAGUUAUAUUUCUUUGUAAUAUUAUAUUAUAAUAUUUUUUCUAUUUAUGUUUACUCCAAGAAUUGAUUAACUUUCUCAAAGGUAUUGUUGUCUACUUUUAAAUUUGAGUCAUCUGUCUGUUUGUAAUAUAUUUAUGUACCAUACUUGGUUUUUUGUUGAUUCACAGCAAUUUCUGUGUGGUUUGUAUAAUAACAUUUCUUGAGUUUUCCAUAAUGAGUAUGUCAUCUGCAUAUGCUAGUAAUACAUCCAAUUCAAUUACAUCUAUUUUUCAAUCUCUUGUCAUAUCUCUGAUCACUCUUCUCAAGUGGGCUCUACUAUUUUUGGUUCAGCAGUAUUCAGUAUGUUUUUUUUUUCAUUUGAUAUACUAUUAGGUUUGUUCAAUAAGUUUUAAAAAUCUAUGUUACUUCCUUUGCUUUUUUUGUUACAAGCUCCUUACCAUCCUUUAUAAGCAUAUUGGUCUGUAGUUUAAAUACUUGUUCAAAUUCUUCAACUUAUUUAAAAGAAUUUUUUGGAGUUUUUUAUAUUCUCUUUUAUUUCAGUGAUUAUUUUUUCAUAUACAUUCCUUUUUCUUUUCUAAGGGUAGCAUGUGUUUUUUUUCUUCCCUGUUUGUAUCUUUUCCUAUUUUAAUCAAACAGAUUUUUUUUAUCUUAGUGGAGUUCUUUUUUUUAUUGAUUCUCAACAUUUAUUUGUAGAUCAGUAACUUUUCUUUGUAUUCUCUGUUCAGCCAACUAACUUUGUGACACAUUCUUCUAUUAUUUAUGUUAUUUUACAAUAUUGACUUUCAAUCCCUUCUUCUCUACAAAUAUUUUUUUUUUCUGCAAAUUUGUUUUGUAUCCAUUUUUUUAUAUUAUUUAUCUACUUUCUUAUUACAUAUUAAAUUUGUUUGUUUCAGACUUCUUUCUCCUCCAUCUACAUGAUAAUUUUAGUUUAAACUUUAAUAUAAUUCCUUAUAAUAUUUGAAUAAAAAAUACUUUUAUUUAUAAAUGAAUAUUUUGCAAUUAAAAAUUAUGUACUGAGUGAAAUAUUUUCAAGGUUCAAUUUAACUGGGUUCAGAAUAUACAAUAUUAUACCAGAUAACACAAAUUAAUUUAAAAAAAAAUUUAUAAAACUGGCCCAUUGUUUUCAAUUAUAUAAUAGAUAAACCUAUGAAUCACCAACAUAAUAAAAGAUUUAAAUUCUGAUUUUAGAUUUUAUUUUCUAUUGAUGAUUUUGGUAAUCUAGUUGAAGAUAUUAUUAAUAUUUAACAAAAUUGUAUGAUAAAAAAAAACAAUUCCCAAUUUAAUUGGCAAGCUAUUUAGAACUAUAAUAUUAAAAAUGUUUAAGGAAAAAUACAUAGUUGUAGUCUAGAUGUUUAAACAAUAAUGUUUUAUACUUAGUGUUCUAUUACUUAUGUUAUGAGGGAGCUUUGAACUUAAAUGAUAUUCAAGACUGGAAUCAAAGACAUGCUGCAGAGGUGCAAAUUAUGGAAUUUGGACAAAUACCAAUAAUGAUUUUUGAAAAACCACAUCCAUCUAAAACAUGUUUACUGGUUAAAGAUUUGAAUCAAUUUGGUAAUUGUGUAUUUUUAUCAAAUUGGAUUAAUUUUCAAGUUUUUAUAAUUAUUUAAAAAUGUUUUUUUUGGUUAGGAAUGUUACCUAAAAUGAAAAGCUAUUGGAAUUGGAAUAAUAUUAAGUUAUCAAAAUUAUUAACUACAAUAAUUCAUAAAAAUGUAGCUUCUAGUGUAAAAUUUAGUGAGGACAUGGGAUCAAUAUUUUCAAUUGGACAUGAUGCUAUGCUCAAAGUAAAUUGUUUGUUAACUCAAAAACAAAUUAGAAGUGUUACGGUGCAGGGUUUUCCAGUUAAAUUGAAUGAUAUAGUUGUACCAUCAACUUACCCAUCAAUAGUACUAAUAGGGACUAAUCAUGGAUUUGUGUAAGUUUUUUUGUCCUGUGUUAUGGUAGUGAAAUAAUUGUAAAAUAUGAUUUAUUUUAUUUUAAAUAUCAAUGAUGUUUUAGGAUAGUAUAUGAUAUAGAUUGUUGUCGUAUAGUUGAUGAGUUUAAUGCUCAUGAAGAUUCAAUAUCUUGUUUAGCUUGGUCCAAACUUGGUUUUUUAAUAACUAGUUCUUUAGAUUGUAAUGUACGUGUCUGGAAAACCCCAAAAGCCCCUUGGUCACAAAUUGAAUUAAUCACUUCACUUAAAGCUGAGUUGAAACAUGAAAAUAAAGUUACAAGUUUAGAUCUUGACAAGUGAGUGUAUUUUAAAAAAUUUAAAUAUAACAAUAAUGAACAGUUUUUAAACAUCAAUGUGUCAUAGAAAUGAAAAAUUGUUAGCAACUGGUACUAUUAAUGGAGAAAUAUUUAUAUGGUCUUUUCUCGACUAUUCAUUUAUUAAAAAAUUAACAGGUAUGAAUCAAACAUAGUUACCUAUAUUAGACAUAGUAAUUCAAAAUAAUAGGUAAAUAAAUCAUUUUAUAGGACAUUUUGCCUGUGUAACUAAAAUUAGUUUUAGUUAUGAUGGUUCUAAACUAUUGUCCUGUUCUGAUGAUUGCAGUUUUAAAGUUUUUGAUUCUUUAAGUGGAUUAGAAGUUUAUACAAACACUCUCCAAUGUCCAUUAAAGUAAAUAUGUGUUUAAAAAUAAACAUGUUAUUAUUUAUUUAUUUCAUUUUACAUAAUAUUAUGUUGAUUAUCAACCAUGUAUAAGUAAAUCUGGAUAUUUUUUUUUGGCAGGUCUCUAGCAUGGGAUGGAUAUCACAUAUUUAUUGGUGGUCAAAAUGGAAUCUUAUACUUAUGGGACUUGGAAAAAUUUAAACUUAUUAAUAAAAUCAAAGCUCAUUCAGGUAAAUGUGUUUAUUAAUACAAUAGUUGUUGCUAUUAAAUUAAAAUACAUUAAAAUAUAAAAUAAACAAACACAAAUAAAACCUAACCUAACUUAUCUAAUAUUAUUUUCUUAUUGGUUACUUAAGUUUCUUUAUAAUUAUGUUCCCUCAUAGAAGCAAAAUUAAUGGAGCGAUUUCCACAAAUUAGAUGUCUAUGAACCUUGUGAAUGUUUUAAUUUAGUUUUUUUUUUAAAAAAACAAAACAAAUUAACAAAUAGUGGUCACAUUGUGUAAUUUUAUGCCACCAUAUUAAUUUUUUUCUCUUCACAUGAUGGAUAUCCAAUUAAAGCGCUGAUGCGACUAUUUUAGAAAUAUAUAAUAUCAUUGUAGUAAAAAAUAAAUUAUUUUAAUAAGAAAAAAAAAAAAUUGAUUUUGCUAUCAAGUGGUCAGUCCUUGUAAUGAUAUAGAGUGGUUCAUAGAGAAUAUAAAAUCAUCCAUCUGUGUAAUGGUUGGAAAUGAAUAUAAUAAGUAUUGAGUAAAAAUAGUGAAUAUUUUUUAAAUAAUUAAAACAAAAAUAUUAAAUAAAAUUAGUUUUGAAAAUACUAAAACAAAAAUAUAUUAUCGAGAUUACUUUAUUUAAUCAUUUUUGUUUAGAUUAUGUUUUAUAAUUUAUUUAAUUAUGUACAAUGAUUUGAUUUUUUGGCAGGUGGAUUAUUAUCAGUAGAUGUUUCGACUGACGGAAAUUUGGUCGCCACAGCUGGUGAAGAUUGUUUUAUUUAUUUGUGGAAAACAUCUUGUAAUGUUUAAAAGCCUACUGAUGUUACUAUUUUUCUAUGUUUACACAAUUCUUACUGUAUAAAAUUUAUUUGGUGCAUGUUU